AUGUCGACCAUCUCGUCCACCAUCUCGUCCUACCGAAAGCGCUGCGAUCAUGACGGCAGGUCCGCGAGCCGUCGCAGUGAGAGCCCGGACGGCGCGCGCGUGCAUCACGACGUCUACGCGAGCAGCAAUAAGACGCCCGAGGCGUGGAGCGGACAGGCGCGCGCUCUGGACGCCAGCGUGUGCGGCGCACUGAGCGUGGAGCGGAAAGCCCCGCGCGCCAGUGAGAAGGCGCAGGUGCGGGCGCUUAACGAGCGUUUCGGCUGCUACAUCGAGAAGGUGCGGCUGCUCGAGCAGAAGAACGGGGCUCUGCGCGCGGAGCUCGAACGCUGCCGCGGGACCGGACCGGCGCGCCUCGCCGAGCUGUGUGCGCACGAGCUGUCCGAGCUGCGGCGGCACGUGGACCGGCUGACCAAUGAGAAAGCGCGAGCCGAGGUGCAGCGGGACAACCUGCUCGCGGACCUGAAGCGGAUCCGCGCGAAGUUGCAGGAGGAGAAAUUUCAAAGAGAGGAAGCUGAGAGAAGCACACAGAGCUUCAGACAGGAUGUCGACAAUGCUACUCUUGCUCAAGUGGACCUGGAGAGGAAAGUGGCGUCUCUUCAAGAGGAAAUUGUGUUCCUCAAGAAGUUUCAUGAGCAGGAGCUGAAAGAGUUACAGACUCAGACACAGAAGCAGCAGUUGAGUGUGGAUUUGGACAUGGCCCAGUCUGACCUGACCUCUGCCCUCAGGGAAAUCCGGGCGCAGUAUGAGAAACUGGGCUUCGCGAGCGUGCACGAGUCUGAGGAGCGGUACGAUUCCAAGACCUAUUUGUCCUGGCUUGAGACCCUCCAGGUUGUGGAUGUGGAUUUUCAGUUCAUCGAUCUCGCAGAAGCCAUGAACAGAAAUAGAAAAACCCUGCGAGCGGCCAGACAGGAGGCCAACGAGUGCCGGCGCCAGGUGCAGGCCCUUACCUGUGAAGUAGACGCCCUCAAGGGGACAAACGAGUCCCUGGAACGAGAGAUGAAACAGAUAGAGGGGAACUUUGCUCUGGAGUCCUCGGGUUAUCAGGAGACCAUCAAACGUCUGGAGGAGAACAUUCUCAAACUGAAGGACGAGAUAGCUCGACAGCUGUGUGAAUACCAGGACCUGCUCAGAUGCAAGAUAGAGCUGGACAUCGAGAUCGCCACCUACAGGAAGCUUCUGGAAGACAAGGAGAGCCAGUAAUUAAUGAGUCUACCCAGAAACAUGAAGACCCGGAGUGACCUGCCUCACCCCCGCUUCGAUUCACACCUUGUCCAAGCACACAACACACAACAGCAUCAUCCGUCCCUGCGAGGCCGACAGAAAUAACCGCUGUCCCUCGGCUACUACUUUCCAGUGCCUUUUCUGUUGAGGAACUGACUGAGUUCUUUCCCUAGAUAUUAACAUGAUAGUAAUAACGUCUGAUAAGAUAGAAAUUUCAAAACGAUCAUGAUAAAUCCACAUUCAUCCAUGUCAAUGAUUAUUGCACAAUUUAAAUAUCCUAUAAAUUCCACACGUAACUUUUUAUUUGAUUGUAUAUUAUAGAAAUGCUAGUUGAAUUAUGUCAUUUUUUUAUGUAGUCACUGCAUAAUAAUCUGUAGGCUUUGGUGUUGUACAGGAGUUUAUAAGAUGAAUUAAAUGCAUAAUUUAUGAUAAUUUUAUUUUUUUUGUAAGUGAAUUAUUAAGGGUGGCGCAGAGGCAUAAUGGUUAGUACUUGUACCUCCAGGUUUCCGAAUUCGAUUCCCACCU